AUGGUUAUCUUAAAAUUAAUUUUAUUUUCAGUUUUAGUCAAUUUUGUAUUUACCAUCUAAGGUGCUGACGUUACUUGUUCAGGCACUGCAUGCACAACUUCUGGUAAUUGUCCUUAAGUUCCUACAACUCCAUCUGGCUUAGCUUGGUAAAAUGGUGCUAGUACUGGAAAAUGUGCUAUAAAUAAUUGCCCUACUAAUACAUCAUCUGGACUUGUUGGUGCAUCUGACCUCUUCUGCUUAUCUUGCCAAGGUACUACUAGUAGCUCAGUAAAGGCAGUAUAUUCUAACACUUAAAUGACAGGAUGCGUUGCAGCAUCUGCAACGUGUGGAAGUUCUAGAACCAAAAAUACAUGGAGUGACUCUGAUUGUCUUGCUUGUAAUGGAUCUUCCUUACAGUAUGCUAAGUCAGAUUAAUCUGGUUGUGCUGCUACAUAAAAAUCAAAUAUUCUAUUAUUUAGUUCUCUCAUUUUAUUAUGUUUAUUAUUAAUAUGA